AGACAAGGCGAAGAUCAUCUUUAUAAACGGACGCAAUAAAGGAGAGCUCAACAUAUAUUUUUGGCUAAAAAAUACUAAAAGACAAUCUAACGCCUUUAAUAUUACACCAGAAUUGUCAUCUGUGGAAAGUGUCCUCAUCAUGAGACAUCCGGAGGGCUGUGAGGAAGCUGAAGCUCCUGCCUCUCAACAUGAAAACCCAACCAGAACCUCCAGGCUGCCAUCAGUGAGAGUCGUCCUGCUGGUUCUGGGCUCUCUGCUGGCUGCUGCUCUCAUCAUCAUCUACAGACUCUCUGUUGUUUGGAUGAGCAAUCGAGAUGUUCAGACCCUGAAAGAGGAGAAUGAAGAUCUGAGCACUUUUUUCUCAGGUGGUGAUGACAUCAGUCUUGCUGGUGCUUCAGGAGAAGGAGAGAAUCUGGAAGAAGUGCUGAGACCUCCUGAGUGUGAAGCAGGCUGGGAGCUACAUGGAGGAAACUGUUAUUAUUUCUCCAACUAUAAGUCCUCCUGGACUGAGAGCAGAGAUUCCUGCAGAGGUCAGGGGGGAGACCUAGUGAAGAUCGACAGCAGAGAGGAGCAGAUGUUUCUGAUAGGAAGACUGAACAACUUGAUUGUGGAUGAAUCAGACAAGUUCUGGAUUGGACUGACAAAAGCUGAAAAACACACAUGGUUCUGGGUGGAUGGAUCUACAUUAAAUGAAAGAUCUCUUACAUUUUGGUCGGAUAGCAUGCGCAACAAAUGUAGCGUUGGUGAAGACUGUGUGAGGAUGGGGGAGAAAGGAGGAUCUGGUGAUCUGAUGUCCUGGUUUUUUACAUCCUGUAAACAUCCUCAGAAGAGUAUCUGUGAGAAAGCAGCUAAAACUAAACACAUGUUUGUGAAUGAGUGA